ACCAUAGAACAAAAUAACAAAUGACUGAAGUCGACGUCGUUUUGCCGGAGGGCGUUGCCGAGCCCACAACCAAUAUACUAACCAAGGGGGCAGCCAACGACGACGACGACAACAACAGCAAYAGCAGAAGCAGCAGCCCGGCUGAGACGCAAGAUGAGCAGAAGACAAACUCUAAAGCUGAUCUGGAGAAGGAUGGGCAGAUAGAGCCCGCUAAGGAAACGGAAGCAGAUGCAGAUGUUACAGCUACAAAGCUGCCGCUGGAUAGCAAUUGCAACAGUAACAGCAACAGCAACAGCAACGAUGAUAGCAAGUCGAAUCCGAAUCCUGCGCCCGAAGCCAUGGAUGUGGAUGACACUGAGGAGGGUGACUCACAAAUAACCAGCUCUAGCUCCACAGAGAAUGCCAAUGGCAAGGAGUCCAAGCUGAAUGAAGAUGAUGAGGACGAAGAAGAGGAGGAGGAAGUGACCACCAAUGGGGAUCACGAAGAUGCGGAGGAUGAAAAAAUAGGCAGUACUGCAGAAAACAGUUGCGAUGCCGAAGAUCCUCUGGGUGCAGCUACACAGCCGCCUGCCGAUAAAGAGGAGAAGGAACGAACGGAGCAGAAGAAGAGGGUGGAGAAUGCAGAAGAGGUAGAUGGAGUCGAUGACGAGGAGGCUAGCCAGCAAAGUGGCACAGCUAAAACGGUGACCGACUCGGAAGCCGAUGGAGAUGCAGAUGCAAUGCACACCGAGGAGGAGGAAGUGCAAGAGAAGGAGAAGACGGAGAUUGAGAAGGAGAAGGAGACGCCAAUGAAUGGCUUCACAGAAAGCCCAAAGGCUAAAGAAUCUGCUGCUGUUGUGCCCGCUGUCAAGCCCAACGGUCAGGCCACAGCAGCGGAAGCAACGAAAAGCAAUGACGAUGCAGCUGUAGUUAAUCUGGACGAGGACAGUGAUGAGGAAAUGGCAGACCUGACGGAACAAAAGGAAACCCCAUCAACAGCCGUAGCUGCUGCCAAGCCAAACGCAAGUCCUAGCAAAGCAAAUGCCAUGCCUGCAGCGGUUGCGUCAAGCAGCGCUGAUUCCUCGGAUGAUGCAGUGCUCAUUCCCUCCGAUUCAGAUUCGGAGACGGGACAGACAGCUGCAACGCCAAUGACGCCGCAAAGCAAAAAGUUGCCAGCCGUUGUGAAGCCAACGCCGCCACCACCACAGCCAGCACCACCAGCACCAGCCGAUCAGGAUGACGACGAUGAUGAUGACUGUGUGGUCAUUGAGGAUGAUACGCCGCCAAGUAUUUCGCCCAGCGAUCAUGCGCUUAACAAGCGCAAGAGCGACAUGGACGACCUGCAUCCCAAUAGCAAACGACAGCGAUGCUCCACCCCAUCCGGAAUGGGUGCGGGCAUGGGCAUUGGCCUGGGACAGCUGACCAUCAAGGAUGCACGCACUCUAAUGCCACACGAGGCGGGGCCAACUAUUGCAGGGGUCGGCGGUGCUGUCUAUCCGGUGACCAUAACGAAUGCCGUAACCGGAGUGGCCACCAAUCUGGGCAAUACGCCACCGAAACUGGUGCCGAUGGCCGGCAUGGCAGGAGCCGGACUGGGCAGCACAGUGCAGCUGACUCCGUCCACACUAUCGCUGACUGCUGCCGGGCUGCCCAGCAUGACGAACAAUGCGAAUCUGUUGCCAGGCUUGACGGACGAUAUGUUCGUGCUGGAGGCACCAUCGUUUAUUGUGCCCUACAUCUAUGAGAAGCCCCCGAACGACAAUAUACGCGAGGUCAUCAAGGCCAUUGAGACGAAGUAUGCGCUCUCGGCCGAGGAUCUGGCCGUGGCGGACAAGGUGGACGAGUUUGACAUGAUGACCGAGCAGAACAAAGAGGACAAAGCGAAUGCGGAUGGCACGGCGACAACGAAUGCUCCAGCUGGUAAAAAGAAGCGGAAGAAUGGCGAUGAUGAAUCGUGGUCAGAGCAAUCAGAUGAGGAUGACGAUGACGACGACGACGACGACUCCGAGUCAGGUGUGCGCACCAAGGUGUUAAUCAAGGAGGUCAGCGAUGAUAUCUCCGCCCUGAAGAGCGCCAUCAAACCCGCCGCUGCAGUCGUCGCUUCGGGCGGCGCUGCCUCCAAUGUACCCGCAAAGCCUGGCCAGGAGAACUACUUUGAGAGUCCCUUAGGCAAGUUCUUUAUGGACAUUGGUGUGGGCCUGGUGCAGGAGUAUGUGCAGUCGGAUCUGCUGCGAUUACAAAAGCGUAAGAUGCGUAAAUCUCUGUCGCGGGAUCCCAAGGACUUUGAGAUGGCCAUCAAUGCGUUGAGCGGCAACCUGCAGGCCUCCAAGACGAAAAACGCCCCCUUCAAGUUCACAAUGAAACGCUGUGAAUUCUGUAACUUCAAAUCCGAAUCUGCGCUCUCCAUGGCGAAUCACUACGAAACGCCGCAUAUGAAUGGCGUCUUAUACAAGUGCAACUUCUGUACAUUUGAGAUUCGGAAUGCCACUGAGAUCGUUUACCACAUGGAGGCCGUGCACAAUAUCAAGGCGCGUCUGAUUAAGCCGCUGCCGUAUCACACGUGUCCCAACUGCGGCUUCGAGGACAAUGGCAAGGCGAAGCUGGCACGCCAUCAGCCGGUUUGCGCCAAGAAGUUCCGGCCGGAACUGAAUCUGGCGCCGCCCAACGACUGGGAGGCGCCUGCUAAGAUACCGCGCAUCAAGCCACGCCACGGACUCGUGGGCACAGCCACUGCCUAUCAGGCCAUGGCGGCGCAGGCAGCAGCGCAAAAGGCAGCGCUGGCAACCAUACAACAGCAACAGGCAGCCGCACAGGCGCGCAAUUUGCAGGCCGCCGCGUUGGCAGCCCAAAAUGCCGCCAAGAUGCGGCAACGCGCUCCACAGCUGCCCAAGGUCAUGCCCAAUGCCAACAGCAUGGUCAGGAAUCCUGCGCCCGUACGCGGUGCCAUUGGCGCCGGCAACGCGGCACUGUCGCUGCCCAACAGCUAUCAACUGGCUGCCGGACAGCUUGUGCAGCAAGCGUCUAAGAAGCCCGUCGCGGGUCAGCCGAGCAUCUCAAUAACGCCACUACCUCGACAAACAGCCACUGGCAGCAAUGCGGCCGCUGCUUCGUCCAGCAAGGCGCCAGCGACAGCGGCGGCGGCUGGCAUGAAGCCCGGCCAGAGUCCCAGCGGCGGCAACAACAAGGCGCAGUUUGUCAUCUGCGAGAUAUGCGAUGGCUAUAUCAAGGAUCUGGAACAGCUGCGCAAUCACAUGCAGUGGAUGCAUAAAGUGAAGAUACAUCCCAAGAUGAUCUACAAUCGUCCACCUUUGAACUGUCAGAAGUGUCAGUUCCGUUUCUUUACGGAUCAGGGCCUGGAAAGACAUUUGCUGGGCUCACAUGGCUUAGUGACAAGCUCUAUGCAGGAGGCGGCUAACAAGGGCAAAGAUGCCGGCCGUUGUCCCGUCUGUGGCAGGAUGUACCAAUGGAAGCUACUGAAUCACGUAUCGCGCGAUCACCAUAUGACCCUGAAACCUGCACAUUUAUCGUACAAGUGCACCGUCUGCACGGCAACCUUUGGCAUGUACAAACAGUUUGAGACGCAUGUGUAUACGGCGCAUAGCACCGUGGCCCGAAAGGCAAUGGACAGCAAGAAGAAUAGCGCACAGUCCAGUAGUGGUGGCAGUGGUGGUGCUGGUGGUGCCGGUGGAAUGGCGCGCAACGCGCUCGGAGCCGCAAAUGAAUCAUUGCUAAAGCCGCUGAAGAUCAACGAUGAGAUCACCAUCAUACCACAGCCCGCAUCGAAGCCACGGAUCACAAAUAUGGAGAGUCAUGUCAUAGAUUAAACGGCGCAUUGGAUCAACCAAAAAGAAAAAAAAAAAAAAAAAA